UUUGUUGCAGUAUUCCUCAGCUUGGUUCUCAUGUUGUUCUCUGCAUUUUCUCAGAGAGCUGAUUCACUAAGCUUAAAUUACUAUGAAAAAACAUGUCCGAAUGCGGAAUCAAUCGUUACAAAUGCUGUCAAGAGUGCAAUGUCAAAAGACAAGACAGUUCCAGCAGCACUGCUCAGGUUGCAUUUUCAUGACUGUUUUAUCAGGGGCUGUGAUGCCUCCGUGUUGUUGUCCUCAAAAGGGAGCAACAAAGCAGAAAAAGAUGGGCCACCCAACGUAUCCUUGCAUGCAUUAUAUGUCAUUGACAGUGCAAAGAAGGAACUUGAAGCUUGCUGCCCUGGCGUGGUUUCUUGUGCUGAUAUCUUGGCUCUUGCUGCAAGGGAUGCUGUUUCCCUAUCUGGAGGUCCUAGUUGGGAAGUACCCAAAGGGCGAAAAGAUGGGAGAACUUCUAAGGCCAGUGAAACAAUACAAUUGCCAGCUCCAACUUUCAGCAUAUCUCAACUACAACAAAGCUUCUCUCAAAGAGGUUUGUCCAUGGAUGAUCUUGUGGCUCUUUCAGGAGGGCAUACUCUAGGGUUUUCCCACUGUUCUUCCUUCCAAAAUAGAAUCCACAACUUCAAUUCCACGCACAAGAUCGACCCCUCUAUGCAUCCAUCCUUUGCAGCAAGCCUAAAAGGUGUUUGUCCCAAAAACAACAAGGCAAAGAAUGCUGGUACCUCCAUGGAUCCUUCUUCAACAACCUUUGAUAACACUUACUUCAAAUUGAUCCUCCAAGGGAAGGGUCUGUUCUCUUCGGACCAAGCUUUGCUUGAUUUCCCAAAAACUAAGGAUUUGGUUUCCAAGUUUGCCAGCUCACAAGAAGCUUUUACAAAGGCCUUCAUGAAUUCAAUGAUCAAGAUGAGCAGCAUCACAGGUGGACAGGAGAUUAGGAAGGAUUGUAGGGUGGUAAAUUAAUAUUUUUAGCAUAGCCCAUGUUAAGCAAUGAGCAUAGAAAUAGAGUAUCUCCCACCGUUUCCUUACUUUUAUUAAAUACUCAAUAAAUAUUGUAAGGGUAUUUCAUGUGUCUAA